AUGAGUCUUUCGUCUGAUGUUCAAAGAGGAAACCAUAGCAGCACACAUGUAUUCAUCCUCCUGGGUUUUCCUGGACAUCAGUAUCUGAAAAUGUCUAUGUUCAUGCUUUUUUUCAUCAUGUACGUCAUAGCACUCUUGGGAAACUUUUCCAUCAUGGUCUUAGUGAGAAGCCAUCCACAACUUCAUACCCUCAUGUACUUUUUCCUCUGCAACCUCUCAUUCUUGAAGAUCUGGUACACCACAAUUUGUGUCCCCAAAGCUCUAGCAGUCCUCUUGGGUGGAGACCCAACCAUUUCCUUUGGCAAUUGCCUUCUAUAGAUGUACUUUUUUUUCUCUUUGGGCUGCACAGAGUAUUUUCUCCUGGCUCCCAUGGAAUAUGACCUUUGUUUGGCAAUCUAUUUCCCCUUACAUUAUAGCUCCAUUAUGAAUCGCACCCUUUUAACUCAACUUGUCUUUGGAUCAUAGUUUUGUGGUUUCUUGUCCAUAACCAUACCUACAUAUAUAAUUAGCACAUUGUCUUUCUGUGACCCUAAUGUUAUUAAUCUUUUUUGUGACAUAGCCCCAUGAAUAGUUCUCUCUUGCACAGAUACCAGCCUGGUUGAGUUAGUGGCCUUCAUAAUCUCUUUCAUUGUAAUCCUUGACUCAUGCACAAUAACUCUGAUAGCCUAUAUUUACAUAAUUUCUACCAUACUGAGAAUCCCAUUGGCUACAGACCAACAAAGGGCUUUUUCCACUUGCUCUUCCCAUCUCAUUGUUGUGGUUAUUUGGUACCGUUCCACCAUUUUUCUCCACAUCAAACCUUCUGUAAAGGACUCACUAAAUUUGACUAAAACUGUCCAUGUACUUAACAUUAUUGUCACACCUUUGUUCAUUCCUUUAAUUUACUGUCUGAAGAACAAAGAGGUGAAAAAAAGCUUUGAAGAAAACUGCAGUUUAAGUCCUGGGCUUGAUCUGGGAUUGUCACUCAAAAGAUAA